AUGAGUUUCUGUGAAGAUUGUAUCAAAGGGGUCAAACACGACGGAACUCCCGAAGGGAAGUGGGAAACUAUCAACGGAGUUGAAUGCUACCAGAAAGACAAACUCCCGAAUGCUCAGGUACGCCCACUGAUUUUCAGUAAUGUCUUGUAUACUAAUCCGUCUAUACAGCUUUUGGUGGAUGGUUUUGCAAAGAACGGUUUCAAAACAGUGGCCCCCGAUUUCUUUGAGAAAGAUAGAGUGCCUUUCGAUCCAUUCGACUCUGAGUCGCCACGGACCCCCAUUGCGCGCCCUCUCCUUGACAAGGUCAUUGCCGCGCUCAAGGGACAAGGUGUAACAGCGUUCGCUGCGACUGGGUAUUGUUAUGGAGGCAGACUUGUCUUCGAUUUAGCGUUUGAGAAUAUCACUUCUGCGUCUAUCGCGAACCACCCAUCGCAUUUGAAGUCUCCGGAUGAUCUGGAGAAAUAUUUCUCCACCUCCCACGUUCCACUGCUUCUCAAUACUUGCACCGUCAACGAACAGUUCCCUCUACCCGCCCAAUCCCAAGCCGAUGUCCUAUUCGGUGAAGGUAAAUUCACUCCUGGAUACAAACGCGAGUAUUUCGAUGGCUGCACACAUGGAUUUGCUGUGAGAGGAGAUCUGAGCAUUCCCCAGGUGAAAGCGGGGAAGGAAGGAGCAUUCAAGGCUGUGGAGUGGCUGUAUAAAUAUGGAUUCGGACCAGAGGGGAAGGCAUCGAAGUAA